AUGGAUCAAUUGGUUGGUCAAGAAAUUCAAGAAAUCGAUUUCGAUAGUGUAGCAUAUUUUGCUUUUAUUAAAGACAUCACCUCUCUAAUUAUGGCAAAAAUAAUCCAAAUAGAUAUUAUCUUAUACAAGGAAACGGAAGAUGCUGUAAGAUGUGAAGAAAAGAUUACUAUUAAUGGAUCUUAUAAUGUCCCGGUUCAAAUUGAAGGUGAAGGAUUCAAAUGGUCUUAUAUGGUAAUUUAUAACUUGACAUGA